UUGACCUGUAGAGAUUCCAAUAAAUUCAUGUAUAUAAAGAAUCCUAAAUAGGCUGUGAGAGAAUCUUCUAUUCACAUCUUUUUACACUUUUGCGGUCAAUAGAGACUCCAUACAUACCUUCAUUUGUCACUUGAUAAGGUCAGGCCUCUUUAAAUGAUUUAUUAUUUCAAUGUAUUUACAAAGAAGCAGCCAUGACUAAUGCUAUUUCAAGUAGAAGUCCAAGUCCUACAAGGCUUGAGGGGAAAUUUAUGGGUAUUUUUGUUUGUUGGAUUUUGGGACUUGGGUCACUUGUUUCUUGGAACAGUUUACUCAGCAUAGGAGAUUACUACUAUGCAUUGUUUCCAGAUUAUCAUCCUUCCAGGGUACUCACACUAGUGUAUCAGCCAUUUGCACUUGGAACAAUGGCAAUUCUUGCGUAUAAUGAGGCAAAAGUUGAUACAAGAAAGCGUAACUUAGCUGGAUAUAUUCUUUUUACCUUAAGUACAGUCGCACUUAUAGUGUUGGAUUUGGCAACGUCCGGUACGGGUGGAAUAGGAAAUUACAUUGGUAUAUGUUUGAUAGUAGGAUGUUUUGGAGUUGCAGAUGCUCAUGUUCAAGGUGGAAUGGUUGGAGAUUUAGCUUUCAUGUGCCCUGAGUUUAUGCAAUCGUUUUUUGGUGGUCUUGCUGCAUCUGGUGCACUUACCUCUGGUUUAAGGCUAAUAACCAAGGCAGCUUUUGAAAACAGUAACCAUGGUUUUCGCAAAGGAGUUAUGUUAUUUCUUGCCAUCUCCGCAUUCUUUGAAUUCCUAUGCAUCCUUCUAUAUGCAUUCAUAUUCCCUACGCUACCAAUUGUGAAGCACUACCGUUCAAAGGCAGCUGCAGAAGGAUCAACAACUGUUGCAGCUGACUUAGCUGCUGCAGGCAUUGGAAUUCAACCGAUGGAAAAGGUAGGCAAUUUUUUCUCCUCAACUAACAACUCAACUGUUAUAAGUGAUAUUCAUGAUCAUAAAUUUGAUAUGUUUCUGUUUACUGAACAGGCUAAUAACGAUGCUAAGCAAUCAGAACGUCUGACCACCAAACAAUUGCUUCUCAAGAACAUUGAUUACGAAUUGAACUUGUACUUGAUUUAUGUCCUCACUUUAUCAAUUUUCCCCGGAUUCUUGUAUGAAAACACUGGUACCCACCAACUGGGAUCAUGGUAUCCUCUAGUUCUGAUAGCAAUGUACAAUGUUUGGGAUCUGAUAGGAAGAUACGUUCCACUGAUCAAGAAAAUCGAGCUUAAAUCACGAAAGGGCCUCAUGAUCGCGACCCUUUCUCGUUUCUUGUUGAUUCCUUGCUUCUAUUUCACUGCAAAAUAUGGUGAUCAAGGCUGGAUGAUAUUUCUCGUAUCCUUCUUGGGACUCACAAAUGGUUACCUCACUGUUUGUGUCAUGACAGCUGCACCUAAAGGAUACAAGGGUCCUGAGGCAAAUGCAUUGGGUAACUUGCUAGUGUUAUUCCUACUAGCUGGAAUAUUUUCCGGUGUUGCUUUAGAUUGGUUGUGGAUUAUUGGUAAUGGAAAAUUCUGAGGAGUACUCAAGAUUGGUAUGUGACAGAACAAUAGAUAACAUGGCAUUUUAUAUAGUUCUGGUUUCAAA